AGAGAACCUAGCGGUUACGCUAACGUGCGCGUGCGCUCUUGCGCGCCUCUCUCUUCCCACUCGGGUUUGACCUACAGCCGCCCGGGAGAAGAUGGCCGCCCCAGCAGUGUCCGGUCUCUCCCGGCAGGUGCGAUGUUUCAGUACCUCUGUGGUCAGACCGUUUGCCAAGCUUGUGAGGCCUCCUGUUCAGGUAUACGGUAUUGAAGGUCGCUAUGCCACAGCUCUUUAUUCUGCUGCAUCAAAACAGAAUAAGUUGGAGCAAGUAGAAAAGGAGUUGUUGAGAGUAGCACAAAUCCUGAAGGAACCCAAAGUGGCUGCUUCUGUUUUGAAUCCCUAUGUGAAGCGUUCUAUUAAAGUGAAAAGCCUAAAUGACAUCACAGCAAAAGAGAGGUUCUCUCCCCUCACCACCAACCUGAUCAGUGAGUAUCCUUUAGAAGGAGCCACACUCUCUGAAUUAAAAACUGUCCUCAAGAGCUUCCUGAGUCAAGGCCAAGUAUUGAAAUUGGAGGCUAAGACUGAUCCGUCAAUCAUGGGUGGAAUGAUUGUGCGCAUUGGAGAGAAGUAUGUUGACAUGUCUGUCAAGACCAAGAUUCAGAAGCUGGGCAGGGCUAUGCGGGAGACUCUCUAAGUGUUGGUUUUCUGCCAUCAGUGAAAAUUCUUAAACUUGGAGCAGCAAUAAAAAGCUUGCAGAACAGGUCA